GCCGUUUGAAGGCUGCGCAUACGUCGGAGCUGGUAAUUUUCCGUUUUCCUGCUGAAAAGCAUGUCGACGUUUUUGAACAUGCGUGCUUCCUGUGCACGGACGCCGAGUGGGUCGUCGGUGUCUUCUUCAUCCUCCUGCGCUCUGAGCAUCAACUCCAAAACGUCGACUCGAAAAUCCAUGCAGCAUGGCACUUGGCGACGAGUGGGCGGAUGCCGCUCAACGUCUUCUGCAGCGCUCGCAAAAGAGGUCGAAAAGGGACGACUGGAUAUGUCCAAUCUCAAUCGAACUGCUGGCGCUUAUCUACCUGAAGCGGACCCACGGCAUCCACUAAAUACCCUGAGUCGAAUACGGAGAGAUGGUGGAGGGGUAAUGAAUGGUGAACGGGAACAAGAAGACCGUGGUGCCUCGGCAGCUGUCCUUCAGGGCGGAAAAGAAAAUGAGGGCAGACGAAGGUCUGACGAGUCCGUGUCAGGCGGACGCAAAAGUCGACGGCGGGCCAGCAUGCAAACUAUGUGGCGGCCAACGACACUGGAAGGAUCCUCUUCAUCAUCGUCCAGUAGCAGUACUGCCUCGUAUCAGUUAAGGGUACCGCACAGAGAGACGCAACCUUGGAAGGAUUAUAGUUUCCGGUAACUUCGCAAUUAAUGACAUUUUAAAAGUCAGUGCAAAUGGUAGUUCAGGUGCACGUUCACAUCACACGAUCACGAGGAUUAUGGUCUUCAGCGUAUAUGACACGACCUAGUAGUUCUUCUGAUUCUGGAUCUCAAAGAUAGAUUAAUACAAUUCCCUCUUCUACUUUCUCUCAUCUGAUACAGUAUUUGCACUUACUAUUUCUAAUUCUUGAGAGCCGCACCUCAUCAGAAAAGCAGUUUUGUCGACAGGAGCACCCUGAGGCGAAGGAGACGGCAUCGCAACGAAAAUCGGUGAGCGAUAAGUUGAUGGCACUCUUGACACCUGACCAGAAGGAGCAGCUGUUGGCGGAAAUGCGGUGCCCGAUGAAGCUGAGAAAGUUUCUCUACAACCGGUAUACAAAAUUUCAAAUGAGCGAGAGAAAAUACCAGCAGUCGAAAAGCCCGACAGCGAUGCACACGAGCUGGUACCGGAGACUGAUUUCCAACAAGCGCCCGCCCAACAUUCACGAUCCACCUGUGGUGCGCAGGCCAGGAGAUCUUGUGCGCUUAAACUAUGUGAUCCAGAAUUGGUGGACGAUUCCCGCGGUCGGUUUCAACGCUAUUCUCCAGAUACCUAUGCAUAAAUUUGAAGUUUGGGAGGAUGAUCCUGAUGUCGAUCAUAAUAUUGGACAGAGACAUGAUGAUAGUACCGAUGACGGCAGGAGUAGACAAGAAGCAGCCCCGAAAUGCUUCGGCGCAACAAUGUCCGCAGCUGCAUCUUCACAACAGCAAAGUCGUACGCCCUCGUCAGCAUAUAGUGGCGGAGAGCAAGUGGUCGCAUCUUCGGCGGAUUCUCCUUCUCCGGCUCACUCUUCUUCCCCAGUCUCACAUGAGGUCGUGAAAACUGAUCCAUGUUCUGCGGCUUUAGUUGUGCACAACCACAUCGUCGCAAACACAGGAGUUGUCAUUUCGCGCGACCUAAAGUCGGUCGUAGGCGAGGUCAUCGUCCCGAAUGACAUUUUUGGAGCUGUUCUCCGAAAAGACCUCAUUUACUGGGCUUAUUGUUAAGGCAUGAUGUGCGUACAAGACGUUUAUUUUGUGAAAAACUGAGGAGUGUACAACUAUCGGUGGAGGUGAUGGUUUUUUUGAUUAAUUUCUUACUGUGGGCUGGCUGUAUCAUUUUCAUUAGAUGAUUGUUUCUACUUAAGUAACUGUUUCAAGUUCUUCAUCUCCAUGUUCUAAUCCACGUGGUAUCGGAAAGCCCUAGCCGGAUACGACAAUACCAUUCAGUACAACAAGUAUGAUUGGCCGUGUACAAACCACAAACACCGCAGACAAAUCCGUUCUGGCAAUGCUAGAAUGGGCUUGAGAACUGGCCAUAUCCACUGGGAGGGUUCCUUUGUGCACCCAAUCCGUCCGAAGGUAGUUAUAAGCUUGAUACACAUGCACACCAGUGAUUGGCAUGGGCGACCUAGUAGAUCUUCGAUAUUUAUGUUAGUACGAUGUCGAUGCCUCUAGCAUUUUGUUUGCGAAGAACGAAGCUAUUAAUUAGAUGAUUACGUGGAAGAUGACUUGUGAUUUCUAAUGUGCAUGGUUACUCUUCGUCUUCUUUGAACAUGCAAUCCCUCCAGGACCUGCGUCGACGAUGCCACAAGCGACAGCUUUGGAUUGCAACGAAGAGCAUGCUCAGUGCGAAAUUUGCACAGGGCGAAAUCAUCUUGGUCAAGGAUUUCAAUAUUAGUUCACACAAGACGAAGCAUGUAGUGCAGUGCUUUCGCAGACUAGUCGGUGAUCGCUGCAAUAGUGCCUUAUGCUGUCACGAGGGAACGCGAGACGUCAACGAUAACUUCCGAUGGGCAACGGCACAUAUUGCAGCGAUUCGACGAUGCAACGUCGAAGGAUUAGACGUGUACAUUUAUACGAUGCAACAUUUAGAAUUUAACUAGUGUAGGCUGAUCGUGUUUUGACAUUUUUCGCUAGAAGCCUUCAAUAGAGGAUGUUUUGACAUUUUCGCCCUCGCGAUCAUACAGGUACAAGCUGCUGAAGUACCGAUAUCUGAUUUUGACGGAGCUGGGCUUGAAAAACCUGAUCUUCAAGAUGCAAAAUUAUGGCCCUUGAUAAUACGACAACCAAUAGGUGGAGCAAGAGAUGAUGCCAGUCCCUGAAAAUUGAUGUUACAAGUGAUCAUGAAUUUUUUACAACUCAAUUCAAGAACUUGCUCGAGGUUGCGAAAGCGAACCGCCGCAGUCAAUAAAGCAUCUCUAACCACUUUACCCAAAGCAGCGAGGUUGGGGUCCAAAAUAUGCGACGCCUGACGGACGACAGUGCACCUAUCGCCCACCCAAAGUUCCGGGUUGGAACGCUGCCUGGAAAGAGCGUAAGGAACGGCUAAGAAACAGCGAGUUUCGUGCUAAAUUGUAUGCAGUAGAGCGAAAGAAGUGGAAAUGGUCGUCGGAACUGGAAGGCGCACUGAAAAUCAAAGCAGAAGAUCCACUCUACAAGUUUCGCAUUAAAAACUUCGGCAUAGCGUCGCAGAAUGUGAAGCCUUGGGCAAAACUAGAGGAUAUCUACUUUAAGGCACUAGCUCGGUUGUGCUUUCCAAUAAUGUACUCUAAAUACCUUGUUAUUGAGUUUAGUGACAUGAGAGCGCGCCGUCUUCGGUCCUCUCCUUGCUCUCGACGAAGUUACUAAAUACUUAUCAAUAUUUAAUAUUUCAUAUCCGUGCAGGUGCACAAGCACAAGGUUGAUCGUAGUUAGAGAUUUGGAAGGAACAGUGUGAUCAUGGACCCGCCGAUUGCCACAAGGACUUAGACUUGCCGCAAGGACUUGUUCUUCUAAUUUGAUGGAUGACGAGCCGCUGGAAAAUAACGGGAGCACUGACUUUAGUGAGGAAGUCGAGAGUGAUCCCGACUACAUGGUUGAUGGCAGUGCUUUGGAAACCGCUGGGCGAGCUCGUAAGCUUAUGCUACGCAGCAAAGAGGCCGUGCGCGACAUCGGAGCUACACGGCUACUCCGCAUGCAGCACGGUGAGCAGAAUUCCAUGGCCACGCUUGCUGCAGGAGACGACAUGAUCAUAGAAGAUUCUUCACGGACGUCAGCAGGCUCAUCAACGCUUUUUUCAAACUCGGACGCGUCCGAAGAGCGUGACGAACAUAGAGCCACAGGAGCUAGUUCCAAAAAUGGUAACUUCGGUUCCUUCGAAGGCGUAUCUCCCGUCUGGCGAGAUGGAGCUAGGUUCGAGGCUUUUCGCAGCACUGCCAGUACUCGUCCCUGCCGUCGCAGCACACGAACCGACGAGAUUGAAGAGCCCAAUUGGGAAGACGAUUUGGGUUCUUGUGCGAGCGACCACGGGGCAGAGCAAGAUGCAGAUGGUGAAGGAGCAACUAAUGAUGAUGAAACUUAACGAAAUUUCUUCCUUUUUGCGAGGCCUUCUGCUCCACAUUUGCAUCAUCAUGUACUGUAAUUUGUAUUUGACGUGAGUGAAGAGUUUUUCAGACAGAGCCAAUGCCACAGAUAGCACGUUUACUAAGUUAGUUCUUAUUGUUAUUUAACAAGUGAGGAGUCGAGCGAGGAGAAGCAAAACGAAAAAGUUGAAGCCCGAUAAUAAAACAAAAAUGAUAGCAUUUCUGUCUAAGAUUCUGAUAACUUAGGCAAUGUCAACACUCAACAGUUACUGACUGCAGCUGCGCAAGUUCACCAUUUUUCGCAUUAGCAUUAGAAUUUUACAAUAUAUCCUUUUCUUUUCCGACAACGAAGUCCGCGUUCUUAUCUGAACGCACAUUUAACGAUCAUAUCCUCGACAAAAAACGACGUCGAAACUAUAGAGACUCACUUUGAUCCUUUUUUUGCGCAUCUUGAGUCGCAUAUCCUCCUGGUAAAUUGAACAGGACAGAACACGAGCAGAACAUGUGCUUGGUGACUAUCAAAACAAGACAGGACAAGAACAAGUUGCUUUUGUGACUACUAUCAAGAGCAUUAUAGGUACUGUUUGAAAAUAUGAACACAAAUAUG